AUGGACGCACUGGAAAGUCGUCCAUUUUUGGCAUAUCUUUCUCGACUCGACAUUGACAUUGUAAAGCGACUGUUUGAAUCCAAAUCAGCAUGUUUGGCGAUAUUGCGGAUGUUGCCGCCGUUGGUACAGAAAUGUGUUUUACUCAUGGUGUUCAAGACGGAUUUGUAAGUUUAAACUUGAUUUCUUUGAUAUUUUUGACCUUUAGGAGGCUUGAAAACGAAUGUAACAGAAACUACAGAAGCUCCGUGGGAGAGAGUAUUGUGUUAUUGCAGAAGUUGUACAUUUUGAGCGAGGACGAUCCACCUGAACUUAAUGUGGGUAUACGUUGAUGUUAUUGUCGUUUUUUUUUGUUUUUACUGAAUUGUUUUGAAUCUUUUAAAGUUUUAAAAACUUUAGCUAAAUGACUAAUUUAGAUUGAUUUCCGGAUGAAUUACCUUCAAUCUUUGAUGAAACCGUUGUUCUCCAUAGUUGGGUUGAAUCCGGUCACAAGAAUUGAUGAAAAGGUACAAAAAGCAGCCAGUAGAGACUUGUACAAGAAGGCAUUGGAACGAUGGGAAUGUGUGCUGAGUUAUCUAGCUUUACCAGACAGUGCGGCAAACGUUUCGAUGGCAACUGUUGAUCUAUUCGAACAUAUCGGCUUCAUCAAGAGGAAAGGCGACAUGUCCUGUAAGUUUAUGAGUUUAUUUUAUUGUUUUGGUAUUUCGAAUUUUAUUUUAAUGAUGUUUUGUUUGUCGUAUUUUACAUUUAGUAGUUUGAGUUCUGAUCGGAAUUUGGCUUGAUUUUAAGCUAAAAUUGUCGUAUUAUUCACGGUGAAUAUAGUCUGAAGUUGAAUAAUGAUUUUUUUGGCGUUCUUUUCAGUUUGUUACUAAAAGCACGUUUUCAGCACGAGACAUCACAUCACUGGGCUUCCAAUUUUUGCUAUUAGGACGUGCUGAACAGAUUUGGUCGUACUUAAUGUACUACUUGAAGUAUAUUGAGCUAAGUCAACAAGAUGUCUUUCCAUAUGUCGAGUUCUUCUUGAAAUUGUGUUUGUGUGUUGAUCCUGGGGAUUGUAAGUUGAUUUUUCUUUGUUUUUUAUAUUUUCAGGGGUGGAUUUUAAAAAAGAAUGGCGUUUUAGAAAUGUUUUGGAUUGGGUACCUACUAUAAUAUAGUUUAGUCUUUUAAAUGUAUUAGAACUUGAAUGUUUGGAGUUUAUUAGGAAAGAUUUUAGUGUUUGAAGCUUAGCUGAAGUUUUCUAGUAUUAGAAGCGUAAUUAAACCUUAUUUUAGUAUCAGAAACUUCUCAAAAUGUGGACGGUGAGAAGCUUCCGGCUACCCCGUACGUCAUUGAUGAAGAAUGGCCAGAUGUAAUCAAAUCAGGCUUCUUGAAGCAUCUUCGUGAACUUGGCUUAGUUUUCAUCAGGAAAUCAAAGGAUGGAUUCUUCUUUAUUACUCCACUAAUGUCACUUUUGUUGGCUGGAGAUGGUGAACGUGAUGUUGCACUGGAGAACACACGACAGAAAGGGUUCUUGAUAGCAGAAACCAACUAUCGACUGUCAGUAUAUUCAUCAUCUUCUUUACAUUUGUCGAUUUUGAAUCAAUUUGCUGAAAUUCUGGCUAGAUUCAAUAAUAUGGCUGUUGGUGUGAUGACGAGAGAUACUGUAAGGCAGGCUUUACAAAGAGGAAUUACUGCACGACAGAUCACACAGUAUUUGAGGGCGAAUUCACAUCCAAGAGCUGUGGAGACUCAUGGGCAAUAUCAUUGUGUUCCACCGACUGUGGUUGAUCAGGUAUGGCACUUUGGGGAGUUUUGAGAGGGGGGGGCAUGGGGUGGCAAAAAAGUUUUAAGGGAGGGGGGGGAGGGGUGAAAAAUAAUUUCCGGAAGCGGUGGAGGGCGGAAAAAAAUUUAUAAAAGGGGGGGAGGGGUAAAAAAGUUUUAAGGAUGGGAUGAAAAAAAACUUUUAGGGGGGGGGGUGAAUUUUUUUUCGGAAGCGGGAUGAAAUUUUGUAAUGGGAGGAAGGGGAAUGAAGUUUUUUGGAAGGGGUGGAUAAUUUAUAAAAUAUAUAACAAGGAACUUUUUUUUAAAAAAAGCUUUUGUGUAAUGAUAGGUAUAGCAUUGCAGUUUUGUUAAUAAGACUUACCUAACCUAUAAAACAUAGAACAGAUUUUUAGCAUGUUUAUGGCACUAUAAUUUAGGUAUGAAAUUUAUAAUUGACAACCUUGUUAUGUUCUUAAUAAUUUUGAAACAUUUUUCCUAUCUUUAUAUAGCUACCCCUAUCACUACCCAUAUUUUUCAAAAAAAAAUUUUUUCGAUUUUUCGCGUACAGGUACCUACCAGUGGAAUUUUUCGGAUCGGCUCUGGGGGUGGAUUAUAGUUAUUUAUAACCUGCGUCUUCCAGAUCCACUUAUGGGAAGAAGAGCGAGAACGUUUGCAAUGUCAAGACUGUGCCGUCUACAGUAUGUUCGACUCGGACGAACAGUACGAACAACUGAAAAACUUUUCAACGGACAGAGGAUUCCUUCUGUAUGGCGAUGAUAUACAGAGGGUUAUUGUGGUAACAACCGAGGGACACGAACUUGUCAGGGAAUGGUACCAUUCACUCAACGAAAAUCGACAUUUUUAA